CAGCUCCCACUUAGGGGUUGCAUGUUCUGUCAAAUUUUGUCCCUGCUAAUCUCACAAUCUAGGAUGCCAAGGUACUAAUUCCUAAGACAGGGUGCAAUAAGUAUUGAGUCCAACUGAGUAAGGUAGCGCAGUAUGGUCUUUCUUGUCAAGAAAGACCAAGAUUCAACCUCAUCCAAAUGGCACAAGAGAGACAUGGCAACGUCUUGAAAACGUGCUAUUAUAGUGGAAGUGCUGCUCGUGACUAUGGCGCCAAGGAGCAGACGGUGAGCCAUGUUGUGGGGGAGCGCCCACUCCAUGCCUUUGAAGGCGGUCUGCCGUGCUUGUCCAGUCAUAGUUCUGGCUGCAUGUUUGUAUGUGAAUUCUUGUAUUUCAUCAGAAAUGAUCAGUUCGCCAGAAUAUGUUAGCAGACUCGCAUACCAGCCGUGAUGUACGCAACAAUUCCUGUCUGACACCUCGAUUCAUCUCUAAUGGGCUGGCGACCUCUAUCAAUGGGAAACGUAAAAGCUGGAGAAGGGCAAGUUCAGUUUAGUUUUCACUAUUCUAGUCUACAAAAUACAGUCAAGUUUCAGAGUAUCAUCUGUCACAUAAGCUGACUCCAUUUUAUUUUGAAAGGUUGAAUAACAUGGAAUGGAACAUGACAACGCUGCAAACGGAUGAUCUGAGGCAUCAUAUCCUGUCCCAGUCAGCGCAUGCUGUUCGGCGCAUCGCAAGAGCCACGGUCAGCAGGUUGAAAUGUGAGUGGUGGCGUCAGGUUCAGUUUGAGUGGAUGGAUAAACCUGAACUGCAGGCGCAGGCGGCUGUUUUCCGGGAACGCCACUCCAGCUACUGGCGGGACUUGGCGCAGCUGCUCUCACUCCGUGCGACGCACUUCUCACAGCUGUUGGUUCCCCUCGCAUUCGAACUUAUGGGUAACCACACGAGUGAUCAGCAACUCCACGGUUGGAUUAAGGACAUGGAACGUGUGAAAGACAUGCUGCGCACGAAAUUAACCGGAUGGUUACAGGACUUGCAAUUCGCCAGCAAACAGGUGGAGCACUACGAGGUGGAAGAAGACGAGGACAGGCCAGGGCACUUGAUACUCAGGCGGCCGCUGUUGAGUCAACGCCUGCUGCGCUAUCAGCCGUGGAACCUCUCCUUUGACGACGACUUCAGUGCGCUGUGCAAGGAGCGGCAGCCAGAGGCGUCGCAAAUGUUCAGUCUCGCUGGCGAUCUGUACGCCAUCCAUCGUGUCUACUGGUCCACUGCACCUGAAUACAUCGAUACAUUCUACAAAGAUGACUUCAAGAUUGUAGACGAGGAGUGGCAGCUGGAGGACAGAAGCCACGAUACGCUCUCCGUGGGCUCUGACUGCGUGCAGCUGUUGGUGAACGCCCUGGACCACCCCACGUGUCCGCUGGAAGACCUGCCACUGGAAGCCGUGAAGCAGCGCGAGCAGUGCCGCGAGCAGCUGUGGGACGACGUGGUGCAGAGGUCGCCCCACACACCCGUCACCAGCUACCUGGCCUACACGCAGAGGGUAAACGUCAACCUCUGUCUGCUGGCCUGGAUGGCGGUCAACUCGUACGGCAUUUGUCAGGACGUCCCGUUUAGUAUGAUACAGUGCGUGCACGAUGCUCGCUGCUAUUUCGAGAGUCCCGACGAUCAAUCAUGUCUGCAGUCGAACGCUACAGACGCCAUCUGCUCUGUUUCUAGAGCUAUUCUGUUGCUAAGGUGUACUGGCCGCACGCGCUACCUGGUCAGCAGCGUGGGCUCUCACUGCGACCGGUUGGAGUUUGGAACCCCGGUGCAGGAGCGUUCACCUCCAGUCACCGGACUGGAGUAA